UGGACAUUGGUUUUGCAUUGUUUUGCCCCAAACUACGGCAGCAGAGAGGGGGGAGAGAGAGAGAGAGAGAGAGAGAGAGAGGAGAGAGAGUGGUAGCAGUCAGAUGAGCCAUGGCUACCACCACCACAUCCAUAUCUCUAUCCCCGCCAGAUUUCCAUAUCCUCUCCACCUUAGACCCAAAACCGCACUUACUUCUUAGAACCCAGAAAUCUUCUAUCUCACUCUCUUCUCCAACGUCGAGAAUAUCAUCCAAAAGAGCCACUAUUUUCCACAACCCACUUCACAAAAUCAAACAAAAAACCACCCCAAUUUGGAGAAUUCACGCCACAGCCUCAGCUGAAGCACCACCUUUAGAAUCCACCGCCCCACUCGACACUUCCCAGCAGAUCGUCUCAAGUGGAGACGACAAUGCUUCCCUCGUCAUUUCUGCUCUUCUCAUCGUUGGCUUCGUCGGUUUGUCUAUUCUCACCGUUGGGGUUAUCUACUUAGGAGUGACGGACUUCUUGCAGAAGAGGGAGAGGGAAAAGUUUGAGAAAGAAGAGGAGGCAGCUGGGAAGAAGAAGAGUGGGAAAAAGAAGAAGGUGAGAGCGAGAGCUGGGCCUAGGGGAUUCGGCCAAAAGGUUGAUGAGGAAACUGAGUUUGAUGAUUAGAAAAUGAAUAUAUUUCCACUUAAUCAGCUUUUUUCUUUAAAUCCGUUUGUGAAUGUAAUUGAGGCUUCUAAACUGCCAAGAAUUCUGGUUGUUUUUCAUGGCAUUAGUGAGAAUUCAAAUGAUAAAGUUAAAAAGGCCUGCA